AUGCGGUUCGACAUCACGCGCGCGGCGAACGCCAGCUGGCGCGAGGCCGAGUACACCAAGGAGCGCGCGCGCUCCGCCGAGUCCGAGCUCGCCACCGCGCACGAGACGAUACGCACGCUCGAGGCGAGGCUCCUGACGACCGAGUCGAGGCUGGCGCAGGAGAAGCGCGGGGUCGCCGCGGAGCUCCAGCGCGCGCGAGACGCGUCCACGGAACAGGCGGCGCGACACGAGCAUCGGCUCGCCGAGCUCCAGCAACACCACGACGCGCGCUUCGAGGCUCUCCACGAUCGACACCGGGCGCUCCAACUGGAAAUGGCCGCGCUGCAGGCGUCCAUACCCGCCGCCGCGGGCGGCGCCGUGGGCGUCGCGGAGGUUGAAACCACGCUCGAAUCCGAGCGCCGCGCCGCGGAAGAGACGCGGCUGAAGAACCUCGAGCUCGACCUCAACGAGCACCACGCGUCCGAGUACGAGAACCUGGAGCGAACCAAAGACUCGCAGAUCAAAAACUUGAAGGACCAAACCGCGUACUUCCUGGCUCGCAAAGACGACGAAAUCCGCGCGCUGACCCUCGAGCACGAUACCUACCGACGCGAGAAGGAAGCCGAGUGCGAGCGGCUGCACAAGGAGUGCGAACACCUGCACGGAUGGGCGAUGACGAUGAACUCGGUGCUCGAGAACGUCGAGUCGGGCGCGUACCCGGUUGUUGAAGCGGGCGGGUUACGGACGCUCACGAUUCCGCUCGGGGAGAAACCCGGCGCGUUGGACGUCCCGCGACUCGCGUCCAGGGCGGAAGACGCGCGCAGGUUCCUCGAGGAGACGUCGGCGCUGACGCGGACGGGUCGGUCCGAAGUGAUCGGCGUCGAAGGCGGCGUCGACGGCGGAGUCGAAGGCGGAGUCGAAACCGGUUCACGCGAAGUCCGAACCGGAUCGAGACUCGCGCGGACGACGACGAAUUCGGCGGCGGACGCCUUCGAGCUCGAGGCGUUCAAAACGCACGGCGACCUCAUCGACGCGGAGCGCGCCGCGGUCGCCGACGCCACCCUGCGCGAGCUCUCGUCGCACCCCACCGUCGAGUACAUCCGCCACCUGGAGGAAGAAAACGCGCGGAUAACUUCGCAGCUGUCCAAAGCCACGCGAAGCGUGUCGGACAUGCGCGUCGCGCUCAACUCGGCGGUGCGCCAGGUCAACGCCAAGCAAGCGGCGCCCACGCUGUCGCGCGUCAGCUCCGCGAGGGGAAACGAAACGGUCGAUAAAACGCUCGCGUCUCGGCCGACGCCGCGAAGCUCGGGGUUGCUCGUCUCGACGCUCAAAAACCGCGACCCGCUCGACGUCGCGUUCGGCACCACAAAAUCCAACGCCGCGACGUCCGGCCCGUUCCGAGACGUCGAGACCAACGCGCUCGUGCACACCCAUCGCGCGGGGCUGCACAAGACGAACGCGUACGCGUCGGGGGGCGCGAGGCCCGCGUAUUUAACCCAAUCGAACGAACCCGCGUACAAGACGGCGACGAACUAUCACCCCGCGGGGGACGGGCCGCACAAGCCCCGGACGCACCGCACGAACGCCUUCGGUCUGAACGCGUCCAUCGGAGGGACGAGCGCCCGGGCGACGUCCACGCUCGAACGCGCGAACGCGAACGUCCUCAACGACCGAGCCGUCGAGGCUAGAGCGUCGGCGGAGGGGCCGACGCAUUUAAGGCGAGCCGAGGCGAGAGCCGCGGAGCGCGAGGAACGCGAGCGGACCCGCGGCGUCCGGUCGUUCCUCGAGACGCAGGCGAUACACUCCGUAACGGCGGGAACGGGCGCGAGCACGGUCGUCGGGGGCGUCGCGACGACGAUCGGGGAGCUCAACGCGGCUCGCGACGAAGCGCUUCGAUCGGCGGCGCGGGAGAACCGGGUCGCGGCGCACAAGUCGAGGGGAAGGGACGCUUCGAUGUCGAGCGCGCCCCUCGGCGGCGCGUCCGGGCGGCUGGCCUCCGACCGCGUGCCCCUUCCGGGUCGACCGAUCAGCGGCACCGCGGAGGUUGGGUACGGCUGGGUGCUCGGCGACGGGCUCGAUAAGGACGGCGGCACGGUGGGAUGGCCGGCGAAAGGUCCGGGCGCGACGGGCGAGGACCUGAGCAGGUCGAUGGACGGGUCGCACGUCGCCACCGCGGCGAACGCGCUGGGCGGGAGCGCGUGGAGGAACGCGCCGGCGUCCACGGCGUUCGGGGUGGCCGGGAAGAUUGGCGAGCAGCGGGGCGACGGGGUCAAGUCGGCGAUGAUGAUGGUGCCGGCGGAGGUUGUCCCCGCGGCGGGCGCGCCGACGCCGGCGGUGGAACCCCCGCCGGGUGCUUAA